AUGGUGCUCAUGGUCUACUACGGCUGGAAGAUGGCGGAUGAUUUGGACAAUGGUCGGAUCACGCUGAGUAAGAGGAUCGAUCGGUCCAAGUAUCGCUUGACAUUUGUGUUUGCGGUCUUGUUCUUGCUGGUGAAUUUCCACAUUGCGUCUCAAUCAGUCAGUAUCAUGAACCAAUUGUCCACGGCGGCCAAUGGCUUUGUCGCAUUGACUGACGACGUGGAAGCAAGAGAACCAGAUGAUGAUACUACUAUGGACGCUCCCAUGUUAUUACUGUUGGGGAAAAGAAGAAUGGGGAAGGGCGUGGUGUGGGACAACAACAACGACAAGAAUGACAACAACAAGAAACGUCCUUCCAUUGUCUUGUUUGGAGAUUCCUUGACCCAACGAGCGUUUGGGGAAAAUGGACAUGCUGGAUGGGCAUCGCUGUUGGCUGCAACGUAUUCCAGAAGAGCCGAUGUCACCAAUCGAGGAUUUGGAGGCUACAAUACACGACACGCCCUUCAUGUGUGGCCCACCGUGGAACAGGCGUACGAGGAGAGCAAUCAUAAUACUGUUCUCUUUAGCACCUUGUUUUUCGGAGCCAACGAUGCGGUUCUACCGGGCAAUCCUCAACAUGUUCCCUUGAAGGAGUACCGGGAGAAUCUCAUUCAAUUGAUUCACAAGAUUCGUGGCAAACUCCAUCAACAGGACAGCAGCAACAACCAACAGGACCAACCUUCAAAACCCAUUCUGGUCUUGACACCACCUCCGGUGGACGAGGAAGCAUGGUCAGCCUUUCGAAACCAUACCGAAAGCAAUCGAAUCAAUGCCGUCACGAGAUCCUAUGGCAAGAUGGUGCGGGAAGCGGUACACCAAAUACUACUACAACAAGAACAACAACAACUACAACAAUCAUCAUCGUGUCCUCCACUGGCCGUCCUGGAUACUUGGGAAUUGCUCCAAGGACACAACCAGACUGCCUAUUCUCAGUACCUCAGUGAUGGGUUGCAUCUGAAUGAACUGGGAAAUAGGAAAAUAUAUCAAGGGGUGAUGGAACUUAUUGAACGUGACUACCCACACUUGGCUCCCAAAACAGUGAAGGAUGCAGACGAAGGAGUUCCUUUGGAGGGUUUGCCAUGGCAAGACGUACCCAUUACAACAAUAGUGGACUACAAUAGCAGCAACAGCAACAACGACCAACCACAGGAGUCCACAUCAUGA